AUGCUCAGGCUUUUCGUGGGACUCGCUGCUUUCACAUCCACAAUUCCUGCGCGUCGGUUCGGUGGGCACGACGGCGCCACGGGCCUGGCUAUCGACAAAGAAGCGGUGAAAACGGCUGGGGGCGCUUUGGUCGCAGCCUUCGAGAGCUGUCUCGGCGCGGAUCCAUCGGCCAUCGGCGUGGUGUUGGACGUGGGCGCGAACGACGGCCGGUGGAGUGCCAAGCUGAUGACCUCGAUGGCCGCGAGCGUGCGGAGGCGGACGCGCCUGCUCAUGUUUGAGCCGCAACCACGUUUUGUCAACGCCCUGGCAGCCAUCACGAAUCGGUUCGAGCCUUCACUUGCCGGUGGCCGCGUGGACGCGGGCGGCCAACCUGACGUUCCAUUUAGCGAAAAUGCCCGACGCUUCGGGAGGUCCAAGGCCAUUACAAUUCGCUCAGUUGACCUCGCUCGGUUGAUGUGGGACAAGCUAGCGGGCAAGUCGUGUGCGCUGCUCAAGCUGGAUGUGGAGGGCGCGGAGUACCGUCUCAUCCCGCAUCUGCUCGUCACCGGCGCGCUCUGCCUCCCCACCCACCUGCUCCUCGAGUGGCAUCUCAACUCCGUGCCGGAGCGGGAGCGCCUUGCCGCACUCGCCCAGCGGCUCUCGCUACCCGCCGCACUCGACGCGUGCGCUACGCCGCCACGGGCGCUCGUCAACGACGACGAGGCGCAGAACAACCUCUACACCCGCGUGCCCGGCCUCGACCCACCCCGCUAA